AUGAAGUUGUCAUUUUUAUUUUGUUUUGUAUUUUUGUUCCUUGUGCCAUGUCUGUUCGGAUAUGCUGAUAACGCACUUCACUAUCAGAUUAGGAGAAAAAAAGAAAUGGUGCAAGAGAAAAAUGGAUUGGUAAACCAAGACAAGGGAAUAUCAACUGGAGAUAUCACAAUGAAUUCAAACAGAGAGGGAGAAAUGAUUUACAGAAAGGAGCCUCUCCCAGAAUUGCAGAAGCACACAGGUGUUGAUUUAGAUGGGCUCGUAAAUUUUGCGGACCCAAAUGAAUUAUACAAGUUUUUAACAGAAGACACAGACGGAAGUGAAGAAAGCAAAUCGAGGAAUAAUUCAUUUUCAAAUCUGAAAGGAGCAAUAAAAGGAAGCAACAUGAAGAAAGAGAUAUUCCUUACUUUGUAUAAAUCAGCGCUAAGUCACUUCGAUGUAGAUGGGUAUAAUGUCUUUAUGGAAAAUAUCAUGACAGAAAAGAGACAUAAUAAUGAUGAAUUUUUAGAAAGACGGAAAAGGAAAAAAUAUAAUAGAUCUUAUCCACAUUGUGAUAGGGGUCCAAAUGGAAUGGUGAAACUAGAGAGAAGUACAGAUAAAGGUAACUACCAAAGUAAGGAUGUGUACAUAAAAGAGACACGAAUAACUGGAGGUAGAGAAGGAAAUGUUGAAUACCCAGGUGGCCCCAUCAGAUCGGUGUAUGGAAACAACUUAAGCAAAUGGAUGAAAGAUUCUUUAGAAGAUAUCGAAACUCCUGCAUCUAUAAAAGAACCUGGAUUAGCAAAUAUGUUAAUGCAAAGUUUAACUAUGGUUAAAGGAUUAAUUCAAUCAGUGGCUAGCUCCGUAGUGGAUAUUGUACCUCCUUUAAUACCUCCACCAGUAUGGAUUAAUAGACCACUUCCAUGCUUACCAAUGGUGACAGGGAAAAAUUGUUUGGGUUCUGUCUUAUACCCUAUAACAGCUGCAGAAUUCGUGACAGCUGAUAUUACAGAUUCUAUAAUGAACGGAGUUAUCUCAAGCUUCCCAGCAAAAUAUGCAUCUAAAGUAGGAAAAACAUCGGAUACACAAUAUCGAAUAUGUGCUAUGGCAUAUCUUGGAAUGUAUUGUGCAUCUAUUUUUCCAAUAUGUUGGUUACCCAUAGGUUUGAAAGUAGCAGAAACAAUGUCAGUUUGUUUCCCUCAAUGUUUAGCUACCCUUAUUGCAUGCCCUGGGUUCUGGAUAGACGACAUUGAGGGACCUUGUAAUAAUGCAUCUGUGCCUCCAUUUUGCUCCUUUUCCGUUUUUGUGAAUCAAAAAAUUGUUCCUCCUCAGUUGACAUCUUAUGAUGAUUCACACAUGUAUCCGAGUUCAUGUCCUGAAAAGGAUGAAGAAUAUGACUUGCUGGAUGAAUUGUAUGAUCAUGAAGAUAAAAAAUUUAACAAUGUUUAUAAUAAAGAAAAGAAUUCUUAUUCGAAAAUAUCUUUACCUACCUAUCCAGAUUUAAUUCCAAACAUUUAUGAUAAACAAGAACACAGGAAAGAAGAACUAGAAGCAUGCAAAUGUAUGAACAUCAUUCAGUUAUGCAGAAAACAUUUUGCCAUACCUGUCAUUGCAAAGUAUCACACACUUUUUGAUACUACUCAUGAAGAACCUGUUAAGCUAUCUCCCCUUCAGACUAGAUGUUGUCGAAUCUGCAAACCCAUUUGGCUAGUCCUGUUCCCUCGAAAACGUAUAAUAGAUUUGAGAGGUUCUCCUGUCUAUCCAAAGAGGAAGACAACUAUGAAUCUCUCAAAUCUUGUGUUACAUUGA